UUUCUCUCAAAAAAAAUAUUACAGCAGAUGAGAUGGAGCUGAAAAAAAAAUUAUAGCCAUACUUAAGGCUACUAUUAUAAGACCUCUACUAAUACUACUACAUACUACACAACAAUGGCUAAGAGUUCCAAAUCGAGACCAGAUAAGGUGAGGAGCAAAAAGACCGAGUCCCGAAAGAGAAGUCACGAGGAGUCUGAAUCAGAAGAAGAAGAAGUCAACAACGAGAAGUUGGUAGAAGAAUUAGAUGAUGAGUUUGCAGAAGUAGCCGAAUUAUUAGGGGCAGAUGUUGAAGAUAUUGAAGAAGAAAAGCCUAAGAAUAAGAAGAAGAAGUCACAUGAUGAUGAACUAGCACAUAUAGGUAAACUGAAAGUUGUAGAACAACCAGUAAAUCCAGAAGACGCAAAUCAAGAAUCUGUAGAUAAUGAAUUAUUUGAAGAAGCUGGAUUAUCUGAACCAACUUUAAAGGCCAUUAAAGAUAUGGGAUUUAGUAAGAUGACUAAAGUACAAGCCAAAACCAUUCCUCCAUUAUUGGCUGGUAGAGAUGUCUUAGGAGCUGCCAAAACUGGAUCUGGUAAGACAUUGGCCUUUUUAAUUCCAGCUAUAGAAAUGUUAUAUUCAUUAAAAUUUAAACCUAGAAAUGGUACCGGAGUUAUAGUAGUAUCACCAACCAGAGAAUUGGCUUUACAAAUCUUUGGUGUUGCCCGUGAAUUAAUGGCUCAUCAUACUCAAACUUUUGGUAUUGUUAUAGGAGGUGCUAAUAGAAGACAAGAAGCUGAAAAAUUAGCUAAAGGAGUUAAUUUAUUAAUUGCAACUCCAGGUAGAUUAUUAGAUCAUUUACAAAAUACUCAAGGAUUUGUAUUUAAGAAUUUAAAAGCAUUAGUCAUUGAUGAAGCUGAUAGAAUCUUAGAAAUUGGAUUUGAAGAUGAAAUGAAACAAAUCAUUAAGAUCUUACCUAAUGAAGAAAGACAAUCAAUGUUAUUUUCAGCCACUCAAACAACUAAAGUUGAAGAUUUAGCUAGAAUCUCAUUAAGACCAGGUCCAUUAUAUAUUAACGUUGUACCAGAAUCUGAAGUAUCCACAGCUGAUGGAUUAGAACAAGGGUAUGUUGUAUGUGAAUCAGAUAAAAGAUUCUUAUUAUUAUUUUCAUUUCUUAAGAGAAACAUUAAAAAGAAAAUUAUUGUAUUCCUUUCAUCAUGUAACUGUGUUAAAUACUUUGGAGAAUUAUUAAAUUAUAUUGAUUUACCAGUUUUAGAUUUACAUGGUAAACAAAAGCAACAAAAGAGAACCAAUACAUUUUUUGAAUUUUGUAAUGCUAAACAAGGUAUAUUAAUUUGUACUGAUGUUGCUGCUAGAGGUUUAGAUAUUCCUGCUGUUGAUUGGAUUAUUCAAUUCGAUCCACCUGAUGAUCCAAGAGAUUAUAUUCAUAGAGUUGGUAGAACUGCUAGAGGUACUCAAGGUAAGGGUAAAUCAUUAAUGUUCUUAACUCCUACUGAAUUAGGAUUCUUAAGAUAUUUAAAAGCUGCUAAUGUUCCAUUAAAUGAAUAUGAAUUUCCAACUAAUAAGAUUGCUAAUGUUCAAGCUCAAUUAUCGAAAUUAAUUAAGAGUAAUUACUGGCUUCAUCAAUCUGCUAAAGAUGGUUAUCGUUCAUAUUUACAAGCUUAUGCAUCUCAUCAUUUGAAAACUGUCUAUCAAAUUGAUAAAUUAGAUUUAGUUAAAGUUGCUAAAUCUUUUGGAUUCGAUGUACCACCUAAAGUUAAUAUUAGUAUUGGAUCUAGUGGUAAGGCUAUAGAUAAGAAGCAUAAGAAACAUAAAAAGAGUAAUUAAUUAAUUAUUUAUUUUAGUUAGUUAGAAUACUAAGUAGACGACAAUAGUGCAACAGUGUGUAAUAUAGGCAUAGUUUUUUUUUUUGCGACUUUUCCAU